AGUGUCCAGCAUAAUUGCGUACCCUUUGCUCUAUUCGAACAAUAAUUGACCUUCAUUUUUAAAAAUAAGGAAAACAAACCCACUAUUUAGGGUUCCGACAGAUUCCCCAUCAAAUCAACUUGCCGUGCGCAUUGAUCCAUCCUAAACAAAAUCUUCCUUCAUAAAAAAGAUCAAAUUUUCAUUAUUUAUAGCCAAAGGCUUUCUGGGUCGUUGUGAAUUCGCGUUUUUGAUAUUUCUGGGUUGGGAGAUUACGACUUUAUUGAACAAUGGCUGCUGCUGCUACUGGGAUUGUUGGUGGUAAUGGUUCAGCCUCUUGGAUGAAGUUCAAAGGCAGGGAAAUGAAGCAAACCAAGAUGGACAAAGCUCGGAUUUGUUGCUCUUCUACUUCUGUGAUGGAUCCUUAUAAGACCUUAAGAAUACAACCAGGUGCCUCUGAAUCUGAAGUUAGGAAGGCUUUCAGACAGCUUGCUUUGCAGUACCAUCCAGAUGUGUGCAGAGGGAGCAAUUGUGGGGUGCAGUUUCACCAAAUCAACGAGGCUUAUGAUAUUGUGAUGGCCAAUUUGAGAGGAGAAUCAGAUGCUGUAGAAUUGUACGAGGCAGCAUAUGAUAAAGUCGUUGAUGAACCACUGAGGGGAAUGAACGAUCCAGAUUGGGACAUGUGGGAGGAGUGGAUGGGUUGGGAAGGAGCAGGAAUUCGUGACUACUCAUCUCAUAUUAAUCCUUACAUUUGAUUUUUAUUUUAAAAUAUAAUUUGUUAAUAAUUAGUCUUCAAAUCAUGAUUAAAGUGGGUCUACACCUACUUUGUAUAUAGUCCAAGUGAAUGUAAAGUCUCCUCUGCAUAAUUGAGGAUGAGGAAAUGACUUGUUAAUGAUCCUUAAGGAUAAAUGUAAAGCUUCUAUCUUAUAUUAAUAAUAAUGAAAAAUACAAGAAGUUGAUAGCAUGGAUAGUGUGCAUUAUUUCCGCAUAUUUAUCUCUAUCCAAAUUGAAAGGGUAUCAGGUCAUUGCUUGUGACGCGUCACUCCCUAAAUCCAUCAUUCAUUUCUUCCAAAUAAUAAAGUGCCAAUAAAUAUUAUUUUCCCAAAACAUUAUUCAAUUUUUUAUUUAUUUUGUAUACACCGAAACUGAAAGAUUAAAGAUUUUCUGAUCUAUCUUCAGUUGGUAUCGAGGUGAUGUUCAUUUAUAGUUAGAAAGAGUUCCAUACUUUUGUAUAAUGUAAACAAUAUACAGAAUGUAAUUAGAAUAUAUUUACAGUGCAAAGUUUUUUUAGUUAUUUAAUUAUGGGCUGUCACAUAAUCUAAUUUUUUAUAAUAACUACUUUUAAAAUAUGUUCAAGCUAAUUUCUAAUUAGCUAAAUUUCUACACUCAUAAUGUCUUAAAAUUACAGUCCAAUGUAAAUGAAUGGCAGUAAGGAAGUGUUUUUCUUCUGUCAUGAUGGCAGUGAGCUAAGCGGUGCCAAUUUUACUUUGGUUGGGGCUCGUGAUAACGUUUACAGAGUUUAUGUCCACCAAAAACGACAAAAAUGAUAGUCGUUUUGCAGCUCGUAUUCCCAUGUGGAAGAACCCCAAAUUUGGGGUGUACCUGCAACCCAACCUGGGCCUCUUUCAUGAUCCACCAUUGACGUAGAGCUUGCCUAAGCCUGUAUUAUUUGGAAUUUAAAGACUAAAGCCAAUGACCCAAAAAAAAGAAAAAGAUUAAAAACCUAGUUAGAUUUUGAACAAGCUAUUUUAACAUGGCGCUUUAUGUUUGCGUUUUUUUAAUAAUUAUUACACAUAAUUGCCCAAUGGAAACUCCUAAAAUUAAGUAGAUUUUGAAUUGUUUUUUGAGCUCUAAUGCUCUACUAACAACAUCAUAUCAUCAUCCAAGAUAAAAAUAAACCAAGUUUUUUAUUAACCCAAUUCUAUCGGUAGUUGCUCUUUGAAAAACAGCCCAAAAAUGUAACACAAGCAGCAGUUGUUAAACAUUAAAGAGCACUGUUGACCAAAAAAAACAUCCAUUGAAGAGCACCAAAUUAUGAACUCAUCAGAGUACCCGUUGCUGGAGUAAAGUUGGCUGUUCUUCAUACUUAACUAUACCAUUUUUUUUAAUUUUUAAUAACUAAAAGGCCGAACAAAUUUGACAAAUUCUAUCUAGGUGAAAAGCUGGGUUAUCCUACUUUGUUGAAAUGUUGAAAAGUAACGACUACGCUGAACAAAAUUAAGUUUCCAAACGUCUUAAAUUUUAUUGAAUUAGUUUUGAACCAUUAAUCCAAUUCAUAAAUUUUACAUUAAAACAUGUAUUAUGACACAUGAAAUUGAUUUUGCUUGUAAACCGAACAAGUAACAGGUUGAAAAGCGACAAGGUCAAUAAAUGACAAUGGCCACG